AGUCGAAGGAGGGAGGGAGGGAAGGAGGGAGGUGUUACUCAUCCGGCGCAGAUUGGUCGGAAUUCAGCAGCUAUGGCGGCGCUUGGACUUCGCGCCGACACUCUUUAUCUUUCGAAGUCGAUGCUUCGCAGUUCUGCCGCGAUGCAUGCCGUCAUGGAACACAUCUCGGCUCCCAUAUCUCGAGAUAUUGUCUUACCGAAGAGUUAUUAUGGAACCAAGUCUAGGCGGAGAUCUGAGUGCGGGGAGUCGAAGCACAUCUUUGAACCAAGAAUAGGAGGAUGUCAUUGGCCGUCUGUUUCCGUUGGCAUGAGAGGAAUGAAAGAGCCAAUCUUGCCGAAGCUGAGUAGAUGCGACAUGUGGGUGGAGCAUUGCCGCAAAUUCCAAAGCAGCCAUGAAGGAAAUUUCAAGCAUCUGAAGGUGGGCCGCAGUGGGUGUCAGCCAUCAAGAGCAGGAAUGCUCGUCAGCGUCAGGCCUGGUCUUCUCACCAAAAGACUGAUGCAACGUGCACAACGACUCUCCCAACUCUAUCUGGUGACACCUGCGAGGUCAACUCCUCGUACGAACGCCGCCGAUACCUUCUCUCUUUCCUCUAGCCCUGGUAGCUGUCAAGUUCUGCAGCCCCAGCCAUUCCGGCUGCAUUCUUUCUCACCACGCCAUAGUCGAACACCACAGUUGCACGUCAGGAGGAGGAGCGCUUGCGCCAUCCCUUCUCCGCGACCUGGUGUUAUUCCAACCUUUGGACCUGUACGAGUAGCAAGGCGUAAGAAAGAACCAGCGCCCACAGCAGAGGGUGUAGAGCGUUUAGAUGCGAUUGACAAACCAGUGCAUAUAUUUUAUGGAGGUGAUAUGGUCGCAAUGGAGUCUGCUGUAAAGGCUGCGAUCAGUGCCGUGGUUGGCGAAGGGAGUGUGGAGCUGAACUUCCUUCGAUUACAAGAGGUGGAUGAUCACGGGGCUGUACUAUCUGCCAUACAGACUUUAAUGACUGCACCUCUGAUAGGGGGGAAGGGCCGUGCAGUGUGGCUCGUCGAACCGAAAAUUAUGUCGAAACGCUGCCCAAGUUGGCUUGAGGUUCAUUUGCAGGACUUAGUUCGCAUGCUGCCGCGGACUUCGAGGCUGGUGAUCACGCUUUCUGCUGCUCCUAACACAAGCUGGCGCAAAGCUCUCGUUUACCCAGAAUUAGCUAACGCGGAGGAGUUUGUUGAACCAAACACCUGGAACAAGAAAAAGUUGACGGAGCAGGUACAUAAGGCAGCUGCUCGAGAUGGGUUGAAAUUGUCGCCGAAAGCAGCUGAAAUCGUGGCGGAAUUUGCAGCUGGAAACACAUUAACAGUUGAUCGGGAGCUUAAGAAGCUCUCACUCUUAGCUACGGAGGCCAGCGGGGGGUUUGUUGAUGCGGAUAUGGUGACGGGCUUGGUUCCCGUGGGGGUGGGAUGCCUCCGCGCGGUGCAAUUGGCCGACAGGAUCAGGGAGGGGGAUGUUCGGGAGGCUCUCAAAGGUUUGGAAUUGCUGUUGGCCAGUGGAAAAGAGGAACCUGUCGGCAUUCUGUUGGCCGUUGUUGGGCAGUUUAGGGAAUGGCUUGUAGUGAAGGCGGGGAUGGCCGCGGGAAAAACUGACGUGCAGAUCGCCAAGGCCCUCGGUUUGCGAAACCCGAAGCGGUUGUUUUUUCUAAAAGCGGACGCCAAACACCUUCCGUUAGACGUGCUAAAGGAGUGCCUCCAGCUCUGCUUCGAGACGGAAGUCGUUCUGAAGACAGGUGCAGGCCUCACUGGCUAUGCGUUGGCAGGGUUCUCGCCCAUAGGGUCUCAGUUUGGUAUUGUUUCUGACUCCAGCCCAGCCAGUGCGAGUCGAGUAGCUGCCUCACAGCUCAUACAAGGGAUGAUGAUCUCAAUGUGCGAGAUUUGCCGGAGUGGAAACAUCGGAAACUCGAUCUGAUUGGGCAAAUGUGAAAUGGAGCAAAACACAUUUGGAAGUCUGUCUGCUUGACGAAAUUUGAAAUGAAGCAUAAUACACCAC